UGCGUCAAACAAAUCAACUGUCAAAUUUAAUUCAACACAAAUGAAUGAAGCUUUCAAAGAUUUUAAAAAAUAUUUUGUUAAUAAAUGUUUCAAAACUGGAUUUUACCCAAAGAUAAAAUGCAAGGCACUAUCAAGGAGCUUCUUGACGCGUUAGGAUGUAGUUUGGAAGCGGACACUGUUUUAGAUUACAUCCAGAACGAUCCUAACUACGGCAAUAGUAAUUUAUCGUCUAAACAAGUGAAUGAGUACGCGCAAAGAUUGGCGCUUAAAGCUUCGAACGCCAAGUUGUUUUUGAAAAAAUAUGAAGAGCUGAGGAACAGAAAUACUGAUAACCUUGCUGAUAUCAUAGCACUGUUCUACAAAUUGGUGUGUGAUGAGAAAAAGUCGUCAAAAAUAUACAAACCUAAAGUGGCUCCAAAACCUAUAUUGGGUGAUAAUAAACAUCAAAUUACCAAAGACGAUCUUCCUCAGAUCAAAGAUAAACUUCUCAAAGCAGUAGAUGAGAGUAAGAAACUCGUCAUGAAGUCCUUUGAGGAGAAAGAAGUGAAGCUCAGACCAAACUGGUACAGCAGUUUGGACUUGCCCAGCUGGCAGAAGGACCAUCCCGCCAUGUCCUGGGACUUCCCAAAGGAACCUCUUCCAAUUGUGUCCUCCUUAUCUGGUGUGCCAAUAUCAUCUCAAGAGAAUAUCAUCAUUGAUGAUUUGCUGUAUGUCUUCUCUGGUGUCCCGGGCAACUACAUUGUGCAUCAGACAGUCAAAGACACCUUCGACCCUCGCACAUUCCUAAUAUCUGAUGAUGUUGAUGAUGCCUUGAAACAGAUCAUUCAGCAAAUGCUUCCGUUGGCUUCCAAUUAUUCCAUAGUGAGAAGAUUUAUUGAGAACUGUAAUAUGUGGUCUGGUCAGGUGCUGCAUGCGUUGGUUGCAGCUAUUGAAAUACUGUUAAAGGAUUAUUAUACAAUGAUAGCUCAGUUGGAGACUGAGCACUUGUCAGCAAACCUGACACUUCAAAAGCUGUGGUACUUUGUCUUGCCUACUAUGCAUACCAUGCAAGUCCUUGCUGCUAUCGUCACUAAUAUUGGGAAGAGUGAAUUGCGCGGUGGCGCUGUGCUAACAGUUCUGCACGAUAAGACGAACACUUUGAUGGGUGACGCGCGGGCGCAGGAGAUAUCUUUGUUCCUCACCGAGAGAGCUUGCCGUCCAUACCUAUGUAUUUUAGACCAGUGGAUACAUAAAGGCACUAUUGUUGAUCCUUUUCAGGAAUUUAUGAUAGAAGAUAACGAGUUGAUCAACAAAGAGGAGCUGCCGGUAGACUACUCGGCCGACUACUGGGAGAAACGCUACAGCAUCCAGAGAGAUAGAGUGCCCAAGUUCCUGGACAAGUUCACCGACAUCAUCCUCAGAACUGGCAAAUAUUUGAACGUUAUUAGCCAGUGUGGCAAACCAAUAACAAAAACCAACACUGAAGAAAUAAAAUACUCGCUCCGAGAACAAAACUACGGUGCCAUUAUUCAGAAAGCAUACGCAUACGCCAGCAAGUCGUUGUUAGAGCUCCUUCUAAAGGAGUAUGAUCUCAUGGGAAGACUGAAAUCAGUAAAGAAUUACUUUUUAAUGAGCCAAGGAGACUUCAUUGUACAGUUCAUGGAUGCUACCGAACAAGAACUCUCUAAGAAGAUCGAUGAUAUUAUACCUUCGAAACUUGAAUCCCUUUUGGGAUUGUGUUUGAGGCUGUCAGCAGCAAGUCACGACCCGUAUAAUGAAGAUAUGAAAAUCGAACUGCUUCCCUACGACUUGCAAUUCCAAAUGUUUAAGAUUCUAUCUAUUGAAACUGAAGAGGAAAAAGAGUACAAACAGAACAAGGAUUGUCCCCCUCUAACGGGCAUAGAGACGUUCUCGUUCGGCAUGGAAGUGAAGUGGCCGGUGUCGCUGAUACUCAACCACAAGGCCAUAGCUUGCUACCAGAUGAUAUUCCGACAUCUAUUCUACUGCAAACAUGUUGAAAGAUUGCUGUGCAGAGUAUGGCUGUACAACAAAGUGGUGAAGCGUUUCUCGGAAGCGCGUCUGUACGCGGACGCCUUCGCUCUGCGUCAGCGCAUGCUGAGCUGCAUACAGCAUCUGCAGUACUACAUGUGCGUCGAGGUCAUCGAGCCUUCCUGGUGCCAGCUCAUACAGAGCCUCGAUAAGGUUCAUAAUGUGGAUGAGGUGUUGGAGCGUCACAACGACUUCUUAGAGUCGUGCCUCGGCGACUGCAUGCUCACCAGCCCGCAGCUGCUGAAGGCAGUCACCACGCUCUGCCUCGUUUGCGUACAGUUCUGCACGUUCAUACAGGAGAUGCACAAGUACUUCGUGGACGCAGAGCUUAACAGUAUGCUUGGAUCGACGUAUGACAAUACAGACUAUAGUGAGGACGCGGGUUGUGGGGGUACCACGACCACUGGUUCAGCGGAUUCGUUCUCCCGGUCGGUGUCGCGGUACGGACUGCGCUUCACCGCGGCGCUGCUGUCUGUUCUCGCCAUUAUCGACAGGAUGGCCAGAGACAACAAUACUAAUAAACUGUUGAAUAUAUCUGCGAGAUUAAACUUCAAUACUUAUUACGUAAAGCAGUUGGAGAAGUUAUGUUCAGAUGACAAACUGAUGGAAGGCGAGAGGAAGCAGACCGUCUCCUAGCACAGGAACGCGCGUCCGCGCAGGAAUCUCGUCACCUCAGUGUGAACACACCCUUGUAUCUCAAGAUCACCAUUCAUACUAAAUUGUAACUGUAGUUAUAGGAAGUACUGCCAGGGAAAUAAGUUAUUUUUAACAUCAGAAGAAAAUAAAUAUUAUCCGUAUUUUCAAUGAUAAUUUUGUUGCUGGCAGUACAGUGUCUCGUUAA